ACACCUUGAUAGAUAACGUAACAGCUGUUUUGUCUGAAGUUAUAUCAGUUGGUUGAUAAGCCUCGUAGAGCAAAGGUCUGUGCGAUCUGUGAACUUUGGAGAUAUGUUUCAUUUGUUACUCAUUUAGACUUCAGUAUCACGUUAACACAGUGGCACGUGUGAACAAUUGAACGUUCAAUUUAAUUGUGUUUUUUAAGAAAUGUGAUAUGAAAUAUUAAUGUAGUGAUUUCAAGUGGAGUAAGUUGAAGUGAUGUCAUUGUGGAGUGUAAAGUGGUUGGUGCUGUGGUCGCUGUGGGCCGCCCGCCUGGUCCGCCAGCCGACCACAACCCACCACCUGAGCAACGGGCCUGUGAGGGGCAGCAUCGCUCCCGAUGGCUCCCAUGCCAGCUACCUCAACAUACCGUAUGCCAGCAUGCCGCAAAGGUUCCUGGCUCCAGGUCCUGAACCUAAAUGGGACCAAACUUUUGAAGCAGUCAAUGAAAACGUGAGGUGUAUCCAGAGCAUGGCCGAUAUUCUGACCAUAGGAGGCACAGACUGCCUGAGCCUUAAUGUCUACACUCCUUUGAAUGUCGAUCCUGACUCUCGACUGCCGGUCAUGGUUUUCAUCCAUGGAGGAGGAUUUUUCCAAGGUUCAGGAAAUAUGUUAAUCUAUGGCCCCAAUUACUUGGUGCCGAAAGGUGUUAUUCUAGUCACAAUGAACUACAGACUUAAUAUACAAGGUUUCAUUUGUCUCCGAAUUAAAGAAGCUCCAGGAAAUGCCGGAAUGAAGGAUCAGGUAGCCGCACUGCGGUGGGUUCAGAGGAAUAUCAGGAAACUAGGAGGAGAUCCAGAUAACGUCACAAUAUUUGGAGAAAGUGCUGGUGGAGCAUCCGUCUCGUUCCAUGUACUAUCCCCUAUGUCCAAAGGCCUCUUUCAUAAAGCCAUCACUGAAAGUGGAUCAGCGUUGGCACCUUGGGCUUAUCAAUUUCGCCCCAUAUUUAUGGCUUCUUUGGUAGCACGAACAAUGUUGUUUGACUCACAAGAUCCGCACGAAUUGUAUAAGUAUUACAUGUCCAAGUCGGAUGACGAACUAAUAUUAACUAGAGUUCCGAGGAAGCCUGGCAAUAUCAUUAUUUCUGAAAUUCUUUACACACCAUGUACUGAAAAAGUAAUAGAGGGGGUGGAACCAUUUUUAACGGAGUCCCCGUAUGAUCUGCUCAGUAAAGGAGAGUACAAUAAGGUUCCUUUGAUGAUCGGCACUAAUAAUGAAGAAGGAUUAUUAUUGUUUAGCGCCGACAACGAGACUAGUAUACUCAAAGUAGAGAUCGAAAAAGCAAUUCCUAAGAACUUGGAAUUCCCGUCACAAACAGAAAAAAUAAAAGUAGCUAAGGAGCUAGAAAGACUUUACUUGGAAGGAGAAAAGCUUUCAUUGGAAACUAUGACGAAAUUGGUCAAAUGGUAUGGGGACCCAUAUUUAAUUUCUCCAUCGUUAGAAGAAACAGAGUUUUUACUGAAGAGUAGCGAGCACCCGAUAUACAACUACUUGUUUAGUUACGAUGGUUGGAGGAACCUGCCCAAGCUGGUACGAGCGGGCUCUGUGGGUAACUUCCCCGGCGCCACGCACGCCGACGAGCUGUUCUAUCUGUUCUCGCAGCACAUCGUGUUCUCAAAUUUCGAAAAGGACAUGAUCGAUAAAGUGACCACACUGUGGACUAACUUUGCUAAAUAUGGCGACCCGACACCAGAAGGGUCCUCGCUGCAGGUGAAGUGGAAUCCCACAAACGCCACGACUCCGACCUGCCUCGUGAUAGACUCUGACUUCAGCACAGCCCCGCUGUGGUUCAACGACAGGCUGAAGUACUGGCGGGACGUCUACUCCAAGUACAGGAGGAAACGGUGACUGAAACAUGCUAGGACUUAAAAAAUAUUGUAUACAAUAAGAGUGGUUUAGUGUAAUAUUGUAAGGAUAAGCAUUUAUCAUGACAGUGUUCCUCACUUGUACAGGGUAUCGCGUGGUUACUUAGGGAAGGGGUAAACAGAAAAGCCAAAAGAAAAAUAUGCGUCGCACAUGCUCUAGGUAAUAAUAACUCUAGGUGCACGGUUCCAAAAUGGCAUUCAUUUUGAAUAGAACCGGCAAGAAACUGGCUUUGUCGUGUUGUUUUGAGCGUCUUAAGUCUUUUUUGUUUGUCUCGCCUUUUCAAGUGUUUUUCUUAAUUAAAUGACAUUUUCUAUAAGAGCUUAAGGUAUGCUCAUUAAAAAAACAAAUCAUACAUUGUUAGCCAUUAUAUGAUUUGUUGGUUGUGUUUUCGAUAUAAAAAAAGCACAUUAAAUGUGGUAGUCAAUACUUGACGAUAUUAAACAGCGACUUUUAUAAUAUAAUUAUAA